AAAAAAAAGGAAAUUAACAAUCAGGUGAGUUCAUUGAAUGAAUGUUUCAACUUGUACUUUUAAAUUGUUAUGAACAAUUUUGCCGAUCAUUUGGUUUCAACCUUUUGUCUUUUUGUACAAUUAACUGAUUGUUGAAGUGAAAGAUUAAUCGACUAGAGAAAAUUUAAAAUUCUAUCAUUUAAAUUACUUAUCGAUUUUCUCUUUUUUAUUGUUCGUUUUGAAUUAAUUAUCAAUGUCUUUUCCAUCAACAAUCCGAUAUUUUUGUUAUGGAUCUAAUUUGUUGUCGGAUCGAAUUCGAGUCAAAUUGAAAGGUUCGAUUAAAAUUUCGAUCGGUAUUCUAAGUGAUUAUAAAUUAACGUUCUCUGGUCACUCUAACCUGUGGAAAGGAGCAACAGCUGAUGUGAUUCCAAGUGAAGGGUCUCAAGUCAUUGGAAUCAUUUGGUCGAUUACUUAUAAGGAUUUGGAACAAUUAAAUUUACAAGAAAAAGGAUACAAGUUGAUUGCGAUUACUGUUGAAAGUGAAGAGGACAAUCAACUAAUCGAGUGUAUCACUUAUGUCCAAACGGAAGAGGAAAAGGUUCGAGGAAGGACAAUCCUUGGUUCUAUGGACGGAAUACCGACCAUCGUGUAUAAAGAGGUGAUUGUCCGAGGGGCGAUCGAACAUAAUUUACCCGAAGAUUAUAUCGAAAUGAUUAAAUCAUUUGAUGCUAAAGAGGAAAAAGAUUGUGAAUUAGCUCAUUUGGUUGGUUUGAAGUAAUUUAAAGUUAAUUGUUUCGCAAGUUCACGAUUUAGUGAAGUGACUUUGAUCAUCAAUUGAGAAAAUGAUCAUUGAAUUUGUAGACACAAUCAACUGAUUAUGAUUUUCAAAGAAAUAAAAUGCUAGAAUGCUAAUUGAAACCGCUAA